UGAGAAAAUUACGCAAGGGCUAUCGGAAGAUUUGCUUUAUGUAAGCGUCUGAUGACAGCGCGCCGCAGACCGCUCAUCCUGGAGAGACGGUGACAGAUCGAGCUCUCCUGCGAGUCUCUGAGUAUAAGAGGAGAGAGAGAGAGACGUGGGAGCCCCAGUCUCUGCCGUGCCUCGGCUCCUCUGGACUGUGGAUGUAGCGGACCAAGGCGGACUUGGAGCAGUUUCCUUUUCUUUUUUUUAACGCACGGAGUUUGCAGGAAAUCCCGCAUCUCAUUCAUUUCAUCCCGGGCUCUGGCUAUAAAAUAGGCUGUGGGUUUAUCCAACUUUAGCGCGUCUGCUUUUGCGUGGCUGGUGGAUAUCAGUCAGAGUUUGAAAAAAAAGUGAACUUAUUACAUCAGGAAAUAUGAUACUCAGGAGGAGUCUCCUCUUCUUGCUCCUAUCAUCCACGUUCCAUCAAGUAACACCCCAAGAUGGAGAGCAGGAAGAUGAAACAUCGUUCGACUUGUUUGAAAUCAGCCGCAUCACGCGCAAGACUCUGGGGGCCAAACUGUUCCGGGGCCAAUACUCCGACCUCCCUGCCUACCGCUUCAUCCGCUUCGACCAUGUGCCGCCGGUCAGCCCUCCCAUACUGAAACAAAUCCUGCAGCAGAUCCAAAACAACGAAGGCUUCGUGUUCAUCGCCAGCAUCCGGCAGGAUCGCUCCUCGAGGGGCACGCUGAUCGGCAUGGAGGGCCUCGAUGGCCAGCGGCAGUUCGAGAUCGUCUCCAACGGACGCACCAACAGCCUGGACCUGGUGUACUGGGUGGACGGCUCGCAGAACGUGGUCUCCUUCGAGGAGGUGGACCUGGCCGACUCGCAGUGGAAGAACGUCACCCUUCACAUUCACGGGGAGAACGCGAACCUGUUCGUGGGCUGCAGCCUGAUCGACAGCUUCAUCCUGGACGAGCCGUUCUACGAGCGCCUGCACGCGGAGGGCAGCCGCAUGUACGUGGCCAAGGGAUCCAGUCGGGAGAACCACUUCAGGGGCCUCCUGCAGAAUGUGCGCUUCAUUUUUGAUACAUCAGUGGAAGAUGUCCUCCUGAGCAGAGAUUGUGAAGUCACAAGACUAGACGACGACAACGACCUGCGAGAGAGCGCGGAGAUUGUGGACGUAAGCCCCUCCAUCACCACGAACGUCAUAGGUCAGAAGACCGACGACCUGGGUGCGGAUAUGUGCGAACGCUCCUGCGAGGAACUCAGCACCAUGUUCCAGGAGCUGAAAGGCCUGCGCGUUGUUGUCAGUAACCUUAUUGACGGCUUGCAAAAAGUGACAGAGGAGAACACGGUCAUGAAGGAGGCCCUCGGGCGAAUGAGGGACAAUAAAGAGAAAAACAUGUGCUGGCAAGACGGCCGUCUCUUUGAGGACAAGGAAGACUGGGUGGUGGACAGCUGCACCAAAUGUACCUGCCAGGAGUCCAAGAUAGUGUGCCACCAAAUUACGUGCCCACCGGUGGCCUGUGCCAGCCCCUCUCUGAUAGACGGCGAGUGCUGCCCCGUGUGCAUGCCUAAAGACAGCGAGGACGGCUGGUCCCCCUGGUCGGAAUGGACGGAGUGCACGGUCACCUGCGGGAUCGGUACCCAACAGAGGGGCAGGUCAUGUGACGCGACCAGCAACCCCUGCACCGGACCCUCCAUCCAGACCCGAAAGUGCAGCCUGGGAAAAUGUGACAGCCGGGUUCGCCAGGACGGGGGAUGGAGUUUGUGGUCGCCGUGGUCUGCUUGCUCGGUGACCUGCGGAGAAGGACAGAUCACCAGAAUACGGCACUGCAACGCUCCCGUGCCACAGCUGGGGGGCAAAGACUGUGAAGGGAGCGGGAGAGAGACUCAGAGCUGCACCGCCAAGCCCUGUCCGAUUGAUGGGGGUUGGGGACCGUGGUCUCCUUGGGCAGCUUGUUCUGCAACAUGUGGAGGAGGAAUCAAAAGUCGUUCACGUGAGUGCAACAGUCCUCAUCCUCAGUACGGCGGCAAGAAGUGCAUUGGAGAGGACGCUGACAGCGACAGCUGCAACAAGGAAGACUGUCCUAUCGAUGGAUGCCUGUCUAACCCUUGCUUCGGUGGAGUUGACUGCAGCAGCUCCGCAGAUGGCUCCUGGGAAUGUGGCCCGUGUCCCGCUGGUUUUCGUGGAAACGGUACCCAUUGUGAAGACAUUAAUGAGUGCGACAUGGUGUCGGAUGUUUGUUACAAAGUGGGUGGAACGCAGCGCUGUGUCAACACUGACCCAGGUUUCCACUGCCUGCCGUGUCCGAAGCGCUACAAAGGCACGCAGCCUUUCGGCAUGGGCGUUGAGGCGGCCAGGAGGAACAAACAAGUAUGUGAGCCAGAGAACCCGUGCAAAGACAAGACACACAACUGCCACAAAUAUGCCGAAUGUAUAUACAUCAGCCACUUCAGUGACCCAAUGUACAAAUGCGAGUGCCGCACCGGCUACGCUGGAGACGGCUUUAUCUGCGGAGAGGACUCGGACUUGGAUGGAUGGCCCAAUCAGAACCUGGUCUGCAGCGCCAACAGCACAUUUCACUGCAAGAAGGACAACUGCCCUAACCUACCAAACUCCGGACAAGAGGACUUUGACAGGGACGGACAAGGAGACGCUUGUGACAAGGAUGACGACAACGAUGGGAUUAUGGAUGAGCGAGACAACUGCCCCCUCCUUUACAAUCCUCGCCAGUUUGACUUUGACAAGGAUGAAGUAGGUGACCGCUGUGACAACUGUCCCUAUGAACACAACCCUGCACAAAUAGACACUGACCAUAACGGCGAAGGCGAUGCCUGCGCUGUGGACAUUGAUGGAGAUGAAAUUCACAACGAGAAUGACAACUGCCCCUAUGUGUACAACACUGACCAGAAGGACACAGACAUGGAUGGCGUUGGUGACCAGUGUGACAACUGCCCACUGCUUCAUAACCCCGACCAGACCGAUGUGGAUAACGACCUGGUUGGAGACCAGUGCGAUAACAAUCAGGACAUUGAUGAAGAUGGCCAUCAGAACAAUUUAGACAACUGUCCCUAUGUGGCCAACGCCAACCAGGCAGACCAUGACAAGGACGGGAAAGGAGACGCGUGUGACUAUGACGAUGAUGAUGAUGGCAUACCCGAUGACAAGGACAACUGCAGACUGACACCCAAUGCAGACCAAGUGGAUGCUGAUGGUGAUGGAAGAGGGGACGCGUGCAAAGACGACUUUGACAACGACAGCAUCCCAGAUAUCCUCGAUGUGUGUCCAGAGAACAAUGCCAUUAGUGUUACAGACUUCAGGAAGUUCCAGAUGGUCCACUUGGAUCCAAAGGGAACGACUCAAAUUGAUCCCAACUGGGUGGUCAGACACCAGGGCAAGGAGCUGGUUCAGACAGCAAACUCUGAUCCAGGCAUCGCAGUUGGUUUUGAUGAGUUCAGUGCCGUGGACUUCAGUGGAACCAUGUACGUGAACACAGACAGAGAUGACGACUACGCUGGCUUUGUGUUCGGCUAUCAGUCGAGCGGGCGCUUUUACGUCGUGAUGUGGAAGCAGAUCACGCAGACGUACUGGGAGGACAAGCCCUCCAAAGCCUUCGGCAUCUCUGGCGUUUCGCUCAAAGUGGUCAACUCAACCACAGGAACUGGAGAGAACCUCAGGAACGCUCUGUGGCACACGGGAAACACCGCCGGGCAGGUGCGCACUCUUUGGCAUGACCCCAAAAACAUUGGUUGGAAGGAUUACACAGCUUAUCGGUGGCACCUCAUCCAUAGACCCAAGACUGGCUUUAUAAGGGUUGUGGUAUAUGAAGGGAAACAGAUCAUGGCUGACUCAGGACCAGUUUAUGACAAGACAUUUGCCGGAGGCAGGUUAGGCCUGUUUGUCUUCUCGCAAGAGUUGGUUUUCUUCUCCGACCUCAAGUAUGAGUGCAGAGAUAAACCGGAGCUACCAACACUGUUCGCAAGAUAACUGAGUUGGAUGUCAUAGAGAAGAUGGACAAAGACAAGAACCUUUUCCAAGUAAAUCCCAUCUUCAGUGAAGCCAUCUGGACGUAAACGAGACUUUGCAUACAGGCAUCCUUUGCCUUCCUCCACUGACAGGGAACAACAUCGCGCCAGAUUCCAGUUUUCCCUUAAAGCAUCUAUACAAUCUUUCCGUUGAUGGACAGAAAACUGAACGUAGUAAACACGCUUAAAGGCCUGUGCAGAAUAUCAAAGAAUAAACAAUGUACCUAUUCUACAUCUUUCUCUUUAUUGUGUGACCACUUGCUGGAGAAUCACUUACAAGGGAAUCAAUUAUUUGUGAUUCCUUCCAUUUGCCUGCUCACUUUGACAUGUAAGUGAAACCUCUUAACAGAUAUUCUCCUGCUUUUACUCCUCUGUUGGCCAAUUAUCUGCCAGUGCUCUGUCUGACAACACAUACACCAGCCAUCACUAUUUCGCCUCAUUCUUCUCAUGCUGAAUGUGCUUCCUAACGGGGAACUAGAGUGAUCGAUUUCAACAAUGCGAAAGAUGUUUAUACUAAGUCUGUACUAUAUUUUCUUUUGUAAAUUAUUUAGGCUCUGCCUGUUUUGUUUGUUUGCAUUUGUGCUAGAUUGUAAAUAGUUUAUUUAUUGGUUUACACUGAUAUAUAGUUCAAUAUCACAAGCAAAAUAGCAUAUUACAUUUUCGCAAGAUUUUUUACGUGCUUUCAUUAACUUCCUAUUGACUUUUUCAGUUUUGGAAGAAGGACUAUGUUUUAAAGUUGCUAAAAAAAAUGAUAGCUUUCAUAAAUUGUGACAAACUUUGUGAACUCUGGUUGUUCAGUUUUUUAGAUAGGGCCUCUUUGCCAUCAGAGUGAUAAAUAUGUUUAUCUACGUCUUUAUGAGUUUACUCAUCAUAACUGGCUGCUACAGUUGUUUCUGAAGUGCCCGUUCCUAAGUAAGUCCGGUUGCCUAACAAGUCAUUUAUCUGCAUCUGAGAGUCGUUUUGUUUUGUAUUUGAGGCUUAAAAAAAUAGAUAUAUUGUAAAAACAUUUUAUGCAAAUAUUUUUUCACUCAUAUGUUAGUUUGUAGCAUCAUUAAUGGAUAUUGCAGAACCUUAACAGUAUCGGCUGAAAUGAUUCCAGACGAAGGUCUCAAUAGACAAAGUGGGACUGUAAAGUGUGGUUUGAGGACAUGAAAGUGUCUCAGCUGAUUUGACGUCAGUCUGUAUAUUGCUUAUGUUCUUUUCUGCUUGUUUUACAUCUUCAUUUACUUGAGAUUUGCAAUGCACAAACUGUAAAUGUUUUUUCCAUUUUGUGUUGUUAUGGAGAAAUGUUCUGCAGAUUCGGAUUUCUCUGUUUACAAAUAAACCAUUUUACAUAAUA